AUGGAGUAUUUGUUUGAAGAGUAUGAAAAAGAACAACAUGAAGAAUCAAAAUUACUUUCCAUUAUAGAAGAAGAAACAGAUGAAAUUGAAAAUGUUUCUGCAUUAAUUAGUCAAUAUACAGUCAAUUAUCUGUGCAAAAAACCAUGCAGAACUAGUGAACAAACAGGUUAUUUAUGGGUGCAAGAAAUUUUAUGUGGCCAUGGCAUUCGUUGUUAUGAAAUGUUUCGGAUGGAAAAACAUGUUUUCUUUCAAUUUUGUGAUGAACUAGUUGAACAAGGAUUAAAAUCUACAAGACAAAUGGGAGUUCAGGAAAUGGUUGCAAUGUUCUUAAAUACGGUUGGUCAUGGAGUGGGUAAUAGGAUGAUACAAGAAAGGUUUCAACAUUUUGGAGAGACAGUUAGUAGACAUUUUCAUGAGGUAUUGGUUGCUUGCUUGAGAUUAUCUAUUAAAUAUAUUAAGCCAUCGGAUCCUGAGUUUCAGAAUGUUCAUGGCAAAAUUAAAAAUGACCAACGAUAUUGGCCAUUUUUUAAAAAUGCUAUAGGAGCAAUUGAUGGUACUCAUAUCCCAUGUGUGGUUAGCCCAAGUGAUCAACCCAAAUUUAUUGGAAGAAAAGGAUAUCCAACACAAAAUAUAAUGGCUAUAUGUGAUUGGGACAUGUGCUUUAUUUUUGCUUUACCUGGAUGGGAAGGCACUGCGCAUGAUACUCGUGUAUUUGAUAAUGCUAUUACAACUCCUACCAUGAAUUUUCCGCAUCCUCCUCCAGGUAAAUAUUAUUUGGUAGAUGCCGGUUAUCCAACACCGAAAGGAUAUAUUGGUCCAUAUAAAUGUGAGCGCUAUCAUCUUGCAGAUUUUAGGCGUUCUUCUGGAUUUACAAAUCAUAAUGAAAUAGUGUGUGCAACAAUGGCUAUUCAUAAUUUUAUUAGAAGACAUUCUGAAACCGAUAUGGAGUUUAAUCAAUAUGAACAUGCAAACAUUCUUGAUGGAGAAGAUAAUAGUUAUGUUGGUGAAAGUUCAGAUCAAACUCUAACCAUUAGCUCUUCUGCAGAAAUGGACCGUGUUCGAGAUUCGAUUAGGGAUCAAAUUAUUAAUCACAUGCAGUAG